AUGCGGAUAUUUAGAGCCCAUUUCUACGCGAAGAACGAUGGCAUGAACACUUUCCACACCUGCAUAUUGGAGAACAAUUUAGAAGGCGUCCAAUUCGUGCUCUCAAAAGUGCCAGAAAUAAUAAAUUCUAUCGGCAGUGAAGGGACGAAUGCCCUUCACAUCGCAGCGGCUUUCGCAGAUUUAGAAAUGUGCCAGUGGCUGUGCGGAAAGAACUUCGACGUGCUGUCCCUGAGUGAGGACUGGGGAAACACUGUUCUCCACUUUGCCUCAAUGAACAAAAAAUUUGGAAAAUCGCUCGUCCCUUUUUUCGUUUUCAAGGGGGUGGAUGUGAAUGAGAAAAACUUUUUCUUUCUCUCACCCUUGUUCGUUGCUCUUAAAAUGGAAAAUAUCGCCGUGGCUGAGGAAUUGCUGAAGGCUGGCGCAGACCUGAAUACGAAACAGGAGAACGGCGACAAUUUCCUGCACUCCUGCGCUCGUAAUAAUAAACUUUUGAGUGCCAAAUUCGUGGUUGGAUUAAAUGAGGGGCUGGUCAGGGAGCCGGCCUUCGGAGGAAUCACUGCCCUUCACAUGGCGGCACAAACGGCGGAUUUGGAGUUUUGCAAAUUUUUGGUCGAAAAAGGAGCCGAUGUUCAUGCCAAAGACUUUCUUAACCGUUCGGUUUUGGUUUAUGUUCCGGAAAAGAACAAAGAAAAGAGGAAAUACUUUCUGUCCUUGGGAAUUAGAAAUUAA